AUGCCCACUCUCCGUCGCCGCCGUCCACCCCGUCCAGGCGCCCUCGCCGACCUCUCCCCGCUCCGCAUUCUCACUCAGAUCCUCUUCCUCCAGCUCUUCUACUACGGAAUCGCCAUAGUCCUCAUAGUCUUCAUCACCCUUGUCGAAGGCGAACAUGUCCAACCCGGUAUGAUCUUCGAUUGGAGUUACCUACGAGGAGACGUGACGACCGGAUGGACGUUGGGGCUAUGUUGGAUGUUGGACAGUUUGGGAAUGGUCAUCCCCAUCCUCCUCCUCAUCGCGCGUUCGAAAUUGGUCCCGGACUUUGCCUUGACCAUCCACUUCAUCAACCUCGUCAUAACAGCUUUGUACACGCGCUCUAUACCCUCCACAUUGGCUUGGUGGGUCUUGCAGAUUUUCUCCGCGGGAUUGAUGAUCAGUCUGGGCAUGUGGGCCUGUCAGUGGAGGGAGUUGAGACCCAUGGCUUUUGGCGGGAGAUCCAAGGAUACGACUUCUGGCGCCGCGAGCGCAAAUGUUGCGCCGGAAUUGGAAGCUGGAGAAGGGUAUGAGAUGGGUGAGAGGCGAGGCGGAGGGAAAGAUGGCGCUGGGACGUAUGAGAUGGUUGGUCUUGCUUCCAAGGAUCAUGGAGGGUGAAAUAUGGGUGGCCACCAACGAAACUUGGGACUCGCGACUACUGGCAUUCGGCAUCAAGGACACACCGCGAUCGCAUUGCCGACCAGGAGCCGGUCAAGCAAUGUGUUCAAACUCGAAACGCGAUGGAACGACGACCACGUGGAGACUCGCUGCGAGCCACGGGACGCCUCGGCAAUUUAAGGCGAUAUGCGAUAAAUUGAAGCCGAGAGACGCGUGGAGACGCGUGGAGACGCGCUUAUACGUAUUGGCAAGAUAUUGGACGAUUGUCACAGGAUUCUGAACUCGGUAAGGGCACCAGGUCCCUAGGAUGCUCUGCUCAAGCUCUUCUCUAUCUGACCUUGAGGGCCCGACAAGAACCAAAAUCUCUCAUCUCUCUCAGAGAGAGGUAGCAAAGUGCACUGAGGUCUCCCUCCUCGACAACCUCACCUUUCGGCUGUCCCGAGCAUCCGAGAUCGAACCCGUCCAAAGCCAACAUCGAUCUUCCCAGUCUGACUAGGCGCAGCUAGCACAGGAGUAUAAAUGAUCAACGUUGUGGUCCUCGCUGGUAGAGGAUGUAAGAUUGAUAGAAAGAUUAUAACGAACAACGAGUGCAGCCAGAUUGAGUGGAAGAGCGCAAUACGCAUGAUUGGACACUUUUCUGCCUAGGAGCGACGAAAGAUGCAAUGUUUCUAUCUCCCAGUUCUCGCAAUACGCGAGAUCGAAAGGGAGAAGAAGAAGAAGAAGGAGUUGUGGUGGUUGAAGAAAUGUAUCCCUUUACAUUGUUGAUUUCUUGGAAAUGCCAACAGGCCAGUCUCAAGCGUCUCGAAGUCUCAUCUGACCCCUUCCUUCAACGCUCCAUCCUAUGGGUAUUUGUUGACGAGUUCUCCUCUGCAAAAGGGACUGCUGCUUCGUGAACCUGUUCUAUGUACAUAUACUUUAUUCACUAGCCAAGAUUAGCUAGAGCGUUAUGUACUUGUGUUGACC